AUGGAUAGCAACAAAGGUACUACAUGGGUUGGUCUAGGAGUUGGUGUAGUUGUUGCAUCAAGUUUCCUUAUUUUAGGAUGGUUUUGUAUUUUAAUGUGGAAAAGGGCUAAAAUGAAAAAAGAAAAUUCAACUUUUGACCUAAAAAUGGAUGAUGAAUUCCAAAAGGGAACAGGACCAAAAAGGUUUGGUUACAAUAAAUUGGCGAGUGCAACAAAUAACUUUGAAGAAUCACAAAAGAUUGGACAAAGUGGUUUUGGCGGUGUUUAUAAAGGCUAUUUAAAAGACAUAGAUUCAAAUGUUGCUAUAAAGAGAAUAUCAAGAGAAUCCAAACAAGGAAUAAAGGAAUAUGCAACUGAAGUGAAAAUCAUUAGCCAACUAAGGCAUAGAAAUUUAGUACAACUAAUUGGUUGGUGUCAUAGAAAAAAAGACUUACUCCUUAUAUAUGAAUUCAUGCAAAAUGGUAGCUUAGAUUCACACUUAUAUCGCGGAAAAAGCGUAUUAGCAUGGCACAUGAGGUACAACAUUGCAAUGGAUUUAGCUUCAGCGUUGUUGUAUCUUCAUGAAGAAUGGGAACAAUGCGUGCUACAUAGAGACAUUAAAUCAAGCAACAUUAUGUUGGACACAAAUUUCAAUGCUAAAGUCGGCGAUUUCGGGUUGGCAAGACUAGUUGAUCAUGAAAAAGGCUCACAAACAACAGUUAUAGCUGGUACAAUGGGAUAUUUAGCACCUGAAUAUUUCACAACAGGUAAAGCUACAAAGGAAUCUGAUAUAUAUAGUUUUGGAAUUGUUUCAUUGGAGUUAGUUAGCAGAAGAAAACUUGUUGAUCUUAAUGCAAAGGAAGACCAAAUGGCUAUAUAUGAUUGGGUUUGGGAACUUUAUAGAUUAGGAAGGUUUGUUGAAGUUGUUGAUACAAAACUUGGGGGUGUGUUUGAUGAGAUGAAAAUGGAACGUUUAGUUGUUGUUGGUCUUUGGUGUGCUAAUCCUAAUUAUUCAUUAAGGCCAAGUGUUAGACAACUGAUUCAAGUGCUUAAAUUUGAAGCUGCUUUACCAAUUCUACCCCUGCAAAAGAUGAAUGAUUCAAGUUAUUAUGCUCCUACAAAAAUGAACACAGUUUUUGGUCCAGUUUCUUCUUCCUCUGCAGUUUAUUCAUACCCGAUCUGUGUCUAGUAAUGGGAUUAUAUUUCUUCUCUAUUGAUGUCAUACCAAAAAUUUCAAGUAAUGGGAUUAUAUAUUUAUUGGUUUUGAAGGUACUGUCCAAAAUCAACACAAUCAGAAACAAAUUCAACAACUUCACCGAAUCUGGUUGCGCCCAA